AUGGCGCUCCUCCAGGCCACCCAGCGCUCCCCAGUCCCCGAGCAAGCUCUCACAUCCAACCCCCCUCCUCCCCUCCUGGACCACUUCCUGCUGCCCACUCCUGCGGAGUCUGCACUCACCAACGACACCGUGGUCUGCAACCUCACCUGUCAGAAUGGCACCAUGUCGGACCCUGAAUCUCUCCCGGCCUGGGCGGGAAUCUUCAUCCCGCUCAUCUACGGGAUAGUGUGUGUGGUCGGCCUCGUGGGGAACACCCUUGUUAUCCAUGUGGUGGUCAACUACACCAAAAGCAAAUCGGUCACCAACAUCUACAUCCUGAAUUUAGCCAUUGCGGACGAGCUGUUUAUGCUGGGACUUCCUUUCCUGGCAGCCCAGAACGUUCUUCUCUUCUGGCCCUUUGGGUCCCUCAUCUGUCGCGUUGUGAUGACGGUGGACGCCAUCAACCAGUUCACCAGCAUCUUUUGCCUGACGGUGAUGUCAGUCGAUCGAUACCUCGCCGUGGUGCACCCCAUUCGCUCCAGCUGGUGGCGCCGGCCACGGGUGGCGAAGGCCAUAAGUGCCACCGUUUGGGCCGGGUCUAUGGUGGUAGUGCUGCCGGUGGUGGUGUUUGCUGGCGUGCUGAAGGACGACGGAAACUGCAGCAUCGUGUGGCCAGAACCAGCCGAAGUUUGGAAGACUACCUUCAUCGUCUACACGUGCACCGUUGGCUUCUUCUGCCCCCUUCUGGUCAUCUGCUUGUGCUACCUGCUCAUUGUUGUCAAGGUGAGGAGUGUUGGCAAAAGGGUCCAGAAUACAUCCACUCGUCGCAGAAGGUCAGAGCGUAAGGUCACCAGGAUGGUCACCAUCGUGGUCGUGGUCUUCGUCCUCUGCUGGUUGCCCUUCUACGCUCUCAACAUCAGCAACCUCUUGGUGGUCCUGCCGCGCGACUUCCGAGGCCUCUACUUUUUUGUCGUGGUCCUUUCCUACGCCAACAGCUGCGCCAACCCCAUCCUGUACGGCUUCCUCUCCGACAACUUCAAGAGGGGCUUCAGGAAGGCCCUGUGCCGCGCUUCACGGAGGGUGAAGAGCAACGACAAAGCCACGGAAGGGCAUCGUGCCACGGAGGAGUGGGGUUUAGCGGUGCUGCAGUCGCAACACGGAGGUGGCGUCACGAUCACGCGGGGAAAAGUUAACAACACUGAAGCCAGUGAAGCCGACGCCGGCAGAAUGGCGCAGAAUGGAACGAACAAAGAUGGAUGCCGGAAGCAGGCCGUGCUGAUUUCAAAAGCGGAGAUCUCCACUGCUAUCUCCAAACAUGAGGCACUCCAUGAGGAAGCUUCUGCAGAUGCAGCAGGGUGCAGCAGCGCAUCAGAGCCAGAGGAACGUGAAGGCGCAAAUCCAGUGCUGGAAAUCAGCUACUUGUAG